CAUGGAGCCGAGGACUCGAUGCCUGCAGGGCAACCGGAAGCUUGAUCCAUGCUUGGUUGUCAACAAACCCUAAUUACCCUUCAACUCAUUUUCUCAUGCUUUGCUGGAAAUUGCUUGAGUGGUGAUAUCAUUCUACCCUAUUUUUGACCCGCAAUAUGAUUGGAAAACUGAAACAGAACCUACUGGUGGCCUGCCUGGUCAUUAGCUCAGUCACAGUCUUCUACCUUGGACGCCAUGCCAUGGAGUGCCAUCAUCGCAUCGAGGAAGGCAGCCAGCCUGGUGGAAUUCUGUCUCUGUCGGCGCUCGGAGGCAGCAUGCGGACCACUGUACGGACAGGCCAGAACUUCAGCACACCUUUUCCUUACAACAAAGACAUGCCACUCAUUUUUAUUGGUGGUGUGCCCCGAAGUGGGACCACUCUAAUGAGAGCUAUGCUGGAUGCUCACCCAGAUGUGAGAUGUGGUGAAGAAACUCGUGUCAUUCCACGAAUCUUGGCAAUGAAGCAAAUGUGGAGCCGUUCAGGCCGGGAGAAGAUGCGCCUAGAUGAGGCUGGUGUGACAGACGAGGUGCUGGACGCCGCCAUGCAGGCCUUUCUGUUGGAGAUCAUUGUCAAACAUGGUGAGCCUGCCAACUUCCUCUGCAAUAAGGACCCAUUUGCACUGAAAUCGCUUUCCUACUUGGCCAAAAUUUUUCCACGUGCCAAGUUUGUGCUAAUGAUUCGUGAUGGCCGAGCUUCAGUUUACUCCAUGAUCUCACGGAAAGUGACAAUUGCAGGCUUUGACCUGGGCAGCUACCGGGACUGCCUGACCAAGUGGAACCGGGCCAUAGAAACAAUGUAUACUCAGUGCCUGGAGGCAGCAAACAAGUGCCUUCCAUUGCACUAUGAACAGCUGGUCCUCCAUCCAGAGAAAUGGAUGCGGACACUGCUGAAAUUCCUCGAUAUACCUUGGAAUGAUGAUGUCCUCCACCAUGAGGAGCUCAUUGGGAAAGCUGGGGGAGUUUCCCUUUCCAAGGUGGAGAGGUCCACAGACCAGGUCAUCAAUCCGGUAAACGUGGAGGCCUUGUCUAAGUGGGUGGGAAAAAUUCCAGCUGAUGUGGUGAAGGACAUGGCUGUCAUUGCUCCCAUGCUGUCCAGGCUUGGCUAUGACCCUCACGCUAACCCCCCCAACUAUGGUCAACCUGACCCCAAGGUCUUGGACAACACCAGAAGGGUCUUUAAAGGGGAAUUUCAGCUCCCAGAUUUCCUAAAAGAGCAAUCACAGAUGCAGAAGUCUGCAGAGAGACCCAACCAGAGUUAGGAGCAAAGGGAGCGCCGGCGCUGCAGCACACAGGCCUCAGUGGAUCAAAGACGUCAUCUCCUCGUCUGUGCU